AUGGUAUUACUCACUGCCCACUGCUCACUGCCCACUGCUCACUGCCCACUGCUCACUGCCCACUGCUCCGGUCCCACGCAGCGGGUCACACCCUGGCUGUCACGUACUCCGUACUCCGUAGUGCAUACGAGCGAGACGAGUACACAGGCUCCCACCGACCACCAGGCUGCGGCCCCGGCUGUACCUGCCAGGAGCGCCCUGCGAGCCUCCCGUCUCGUCGAUUCCAAGGCUACCGCCCACCUGGCCGGGAAGAUCGAGUCCUCCCAGCCCCCCCUCGCGCCCUCCGCGGCCCCUCACGACGUCUACCUCUCUUCCGAGGAGGAUGCGUCGUCCUCGGCCGACGACUUCUCCGACUACGACCUCGACUCCGACUCCGACCACCAGGUCGCCAGCACCUCCACCGUCCACGACCACGACGACUCCCGCCACUCUCACGAGGUCACCGCCCGUGCCGUGUCCAUCGUCUUCCACGGGAAACCCUCUCUGGUCAACCUCCCACCUCGGUCCGCCUCUGCUCCUCCCACCAUCAACACCACCACCACCACCGACCGACAGCAGCAGCAGCAGCAUCAGCAGCAUCAGCAGAGGCGACGCAUAUCCCCUCCGCUGCCUACCGCCUCCACCGCGACCUCGGUGACGGCAGACCGUCGCCUGUCCACGGCCACCAUGAUGCCCCCGGUCCGUCCCUGGGCGGUCAGCAGGGCAGGGACGCCCCGCCCCACCACCGUCAUCGCCCCCAGCAUCUCGUCGCCCACCAUGCCGUCCUUCCUCGGCCUCGAUCCUUACGACAGGUCCCGGAAGCAGCAGGCGGGAUCGGACGCGGCAGCGCGGGAACGCAGGUCGGUGGACAUUGCCCGCCUGCCCCCGUCCAAGUCGGCAGGUUCCAUGCUCAGGCGCACCCUCACCCUGGCCAAGAAGCACAGCAGGCCGGCCCUCGGCCAGACGUCUACGCAGCCAUCCGAGUCUCCUCUGCUUCGCCGUCCCGGAACCGCACACUCUCACCCGCCCGAGAUGCUGUCGUCGCCCAUGUCCGGCGGCAGCGACCGCGACGGAAACCGAUGCUCGACGCCGCCGGCCGGUCACCGCCCCCCGCGGAGGGCGUCGACUUCUGCUGACCCGAGGCCGCCUGCGACGAUGUCCGACAGGUCUGAUUCCAGGUUGGCCAGGGGCCACUCGCGUCUGCGCAGCAGUCUGUCCAUUUCUAUGCGGAGGGCGUAG